CUUCUAUUACUACAUAAAUGAUCCGUUAGGGUAAUCAACCUGAAAUAUUAAGUGAAAGUCAACAUAUUUUCUGAGUUCAAUGAAACAGUAACUUUUCCAAUAAAAAAAAUCUCAAAUUAAUAACAAACCCAACCCUCGCUAUGGAGAACAAACUGCACACAAGUUGCACUGCAUGGAAACAGUGAUUUAUCACGAACUCGGUGGGGAAAUCACACCAAGUGUUAGAGAGCAUUAACGAUAUUUUUAGGCGGUGAAUCACACAGCCACCAUCGCCGCCGCCACCGACUGACCCGACUGAUCAACCGAACGGCUCACGGCUCAGCCCGGAUCCGGGCAGUAAAUGACCAGCACUAUGUGUAACUUGGUUAUGCCGUGCCACGAAAAUGUUUUCGCCCGUAUGCCGCCGUCUUGAGAGUGCUCGAAUUACCCGAGCGACGAAGCGAGCGCAUUAUGAAAAAUGUUACUACUCGAUGCGUUGCGUUGCGGGUGGAGUGAACGAAAAAAAUGCCACCACUAACCACUGUUUUGUUCUAUUUUCAUCCAUUUUACGAAUUUUCAUUGCGUUUCGGAGUGUGUAGCAUACAAAACGUGCACACCCGAGAGUGGUUUUACGAUUUUACCGGAAGGCGAAAAUAUGGAAAACGCGCGGUUCGCACCGCGCCAAGUGUUCCUACACGGUUAGAAGGAAGUUCGGAUUUGGCGGAAAGUCGCUGCAUAGAUUAGUGGGUUUUUGCAGUUUUGGAGGAAUGGUUCACGUAUUUGGUGGAGUUGUAACAGCGAAACGAUGGCAUAAGGUGAAAAAAUUCAAAUUGGCGGUAGUAUGCAAGACUUUUCCAAGGAAGAAUAUGGUCUUCUUGGAACAAGCGUCGUGGGCAGUGAUAAAGAUCUUAGUUCGGCUUCCUCACUGAUUAUCUCAGCUGGCCAUAGCCAGAGUUGCAAUUUGCACUUAAGCCACAAUCAUCAACAAGUACUGAAUCAUCACGGCAAUCACCACCAAGAUGCGAUUAAUGAAAACGUUACCGUUUCAACAAGCGACUCUACAGUAGUGUUAGUAGACGACCUCAAGUUGAGCCAGCCUAGUGAUCUGUUGGAAGCAAACGAUAGCGGUAAGCUGGAAGAGACUGAUCGGGACCUCUAUCCCUGGAGCACGACAAACAUCGGAAGUAAAUUUUUAAGGAGCUCAGAUGAUCCUCUCAUCUCUGGCGGCACCAACGACAAUCAAAACGAUAAUGAGCUCAGUGUUGCCACUGCUUCUCAGUCAAUGUGUUCAUCGCCAACGCCUCCGCCCACUCAUAAACAUCGAAACAGCAUCGUCGUACCAGCUUCAAUUCUUUCACCAGAACUCUCUGACAGACCGAUUUCACCCUUGCCAACAGCUAGAAAAAGCUCCACGAAUACAUCAAACCGGCGUGGUACUGGAGCCAGUAGCGCAGGACGGCAACGGCGUAAGGGACCGCUCAAAUUACGGUUCCAUCAUCAGGCAUUGCCGCCGGAAUAUUUGGACCAUUAUGAGGCAACUCAAAACGCAACAGCCAGACGGAAUCAACAGCAACAACAAAAUAAUUGUGGUACCCGUUCUAGUAAAAUGGAGAAACACGUGGCUCAGGAGCGUGAAGAUCAAACCAACGAAACUGUCAGAAAUUGGUUGCAGAAAAUUUUAGAACUGCAGAAGGAAGGCGUAUCUUUGGCGCCUGUAAAGGACGAUAUAGAAGCUAGCAGGGAAUCUACUCCAAGAUGUACCUCCAAUAACCAGCAAAGCCAGCGGAAUAAAGUCAUUAGCUAUACAGACCUACCAUAUAUGGGGGAGAUGACAUUGGACAAUUCUAAACCCAGGAGAGGUAGAAAACCAAAAAAGGCGGAUAUUUGUCAUCUGAUUUACAAAAACUAUGGAACUAUUCUCCCUGGAACCCCCAAAGCAGAGAUCACACCAGACCGAACCAACAAUGGUCACAGAACACAAACGAGAAGUAGUAGUUUACUAGAGAGGAGAUUGAUGUCUUCUGAAAAUGGGGUCACAGGGAACAUAAAAGGGAAGCGCGAAGAACCUUUGAAUUUAUGUGUCCGAGAUAGUGGUGGAGACCCUCUUACCCUAUCCAGUUCAGAAGACGAAAGUGAUGAGGUGUUUGAUUCUGCCUGUCCAACACCCAUUAUCACGCCGUCGGAUGUCAACACGGAUCAAGCUCUUGCCGCGAACAUGAAAAUGUCAUUACCCAAUCUUAACUGCGCAGAUAUAGGCACGUCUUCAAGCGGAGAUACUCCAUCGACCGCUGAGACUCCUCCCGGCUAUAUGUAUUGGCCGAAUAUGGGUAACUUCAUCCACCCAAUGGCACUGUACUAUCAAAAGCUGGUAGGUACUAACAAUACAGUCGCCUUAGGGCAGUCUAGUUCGUCAACUUCAAACUCAAUACCAAGCACUUCUACAGAAACACUACUUCCAAAAGCUUCCCUCAUCAACUCUACGCCACCUUCAUCUCCAGUUACUUCGAAACGGGAGCAACCCCAGAUUUUGGUUCCGAAACCUAUCUCACAGCUGAUAAAACCUGAAAAGUCAAGUAAAAACACUACAGACAGUUUGCAACACACAAACAAAAAUUCCCCCCCAGCCCAAAAGCGUAAACGGUCGGCCAUUUUUAUUCCACCUGUACCUGCGGAAAACAGCACAAAUCCUGCGACCGAGGUAAGCAUUUGCAAGUUCAAAUUCACUGGUGGUGCUAAACCAUGCCUUCAGGAGAAAAAGAUGCUCAGUGUUGAUUCUGGCGGAAACUUUCGAUACUAUUCCGGAACCGGAGAUAAAUCAAUGCGUGGAUACGAGUUUUUCCCUCGUGAAAGUUUGCAGCAAAGCAGCCUUCAUGCAACGACGACCACGGGAGCUUUUCUGAAUACACCACCGGUGGAAAAAAUUGCUUGCGAUCUACCACCUCCCUCACUUGGUCUGAGUAAUGAGGUUUUACAGAUCCCGGAUUUCCCAAGUUCCAACAGCUUGAGUGGUUUGAUUUCACCUGGUGGUACCCUCAAUAGACAUUUGCUGCGCUCGGAAUCUAGCGAGACCCGUCGAGUAAGAAGACGGUCACGUCGCUCAACUCAGCGUGAAACUCUAGAGAAGACUUUCAAAGAGAAAGGCUUUCUCAUUCAGACUCAGCAACUUCAAUCGGCUGAAGGUGCGACCUAUUGUAAGUUUAGACAAUUACGUAAAUUUACUCGCUAUCUCUUCCGAAGCUGGAAAGACUAUCUUCCCGGAGAGCUACAACAGGGAUCCGGGUCAGAGCAUCCUCACGAUGGGCUGUCCUUAAACUCUUCGGUUCCUGAAGAUCUACUACUGGACUCCGGAAGCUCAUUACUGAUGGACAGCUCACCGAGUCCUUCUCCAACUUCGGCCGCCUACAGCGAUCAGACGCCUCGUGAAAGAACAUAUUCGCCAGCGUCAUUGUCACCGGCUCAAAUGGAGCUGCCGGUGCGAUCGCAUUCGCAUCCUGCUGCAAUUGUCUCAUCACUGCCGACAUCAUCCGUUGAAUCUUCGUCGCUGCUGCAUUCCAACCAGCUUGAUAGGAAUCGAGGUCGACAUAGCUGACAAUGGUCGGACGAACAACGAUUAGACCUCUAGUAUAAGAUCGCGCCAAAGAUUAGUCGUUAGUUUAUAAUCAGAAUAAAAUAAAAUUAGGUUUUUGAACACCUGCGGAAAUGUUAAGAAAAGCAAAAUAAUAACCCUGAUUGUACAGAAUUAAAAAGUCUAGUCGAUCUAUUGUAAAGACCUUCGAAGUUUAGUAAUUAAAAUUUUUAUUAAUGAGAAUCCUAUUUACUGCUAGUAGUCAUACUUUCUCUGCUCAUAAAUCUUCGUUCGCUGUGUUGUAAUU